AUCAAAGCAAAAUUAAAGGGGAAAGUUGUAGUUCCAACUACGUACAAUGGAAGAAGUUAAGCCAAGAGAAAGAUGAAAUUUGGCACUAAUAAUCAAUGCCACCCCAGUCAUUUCAAGAGCAACCCGAACCACAUCGGCUUCUUCAAGUUCUUGAACGCCGCCGCAACUUCACUGAAGAAAGUCAUCGCCGAUGUGUUUUUGCCAUUUGGGGUCAUCGUCUAUGUCAUCCCUGGUGAAUCGCUUCUCGCCGACGGUGUAGACGUCGCAGGCUUUUGUUUCUGUGAAAGGAAAGAUUUUCUGGAGCUUUGGGAAAAAAAACAAAAAGCCGGCGGCGUAGCCCAGGACGUUUCCGACCGCCAUGAAGAAGGAGGCCCAGGCGUUCACCGUCCCAAUCAUUCGGUGGUUGUUCGCAGAAAAGUCGGCGAGAAAUGCGCGGCAUUGGCCUUAGAGCAUGUUGUCCGUCUCAUCGAGAAACCGGAAGCCCUAGACGAAGAAGACCAGAGCCCUGGGCUUUGAGGGCUUAUCCGAGGAAUCGCCAGCCCAGUACCCUAUAUAUCUUUAGCAAAACCGACGAAGAACACGGCCAUGACGAUGCUAA